GGUGUAAGGUUUGGGUCGUCAUUGUGGUGUUUGUUUGUGGAGGAGCAACAGACAGCAGACAGAACAGUUUUUUGUCAAGCGAAACAAGCAAGACACACACCGAAAGACCUGACCUCGAACCACGUCUCGAUCCGUGAUCCCUGCAACUCACACCCACAGCACACACCUCCCCUUCCCCUUCCUCUUCCUCUUCCUCUUCCUCUUUCUCUUUGAUUCACGCCGAGCCCUGCCUGCCGCAAUGCCAAGACCAGAGAACGUCAAGCUUGUGCUCCUUGGCGCCUCUGGCGUGGGCAAGUCAAGCCUGGUGCUACGGUUCGUCCGCGAUGAGUUCAGAGACCAUCACGAGAUUACCGUCGGAGCUGCAUUCCUGAGCAAAGUUGUGGACCUGCCAAACUCGCGACAAAUCAAGCUUGAGAUUUGGGACACAGCCGGCCAAGAGCGUUACAGAAGCCUUGCGCCCAUGUACUACCGCGGUGCACAGGGGGCGAUUGUGGUGUUUGACAUUACGCAGCACGAUUCCUUUGCGAGUGCGCGGGAGUGGAUCAAGGAGCUGUGGAGCCACACGGAGGAGGACAAGGAGAAGCCAUUGGUCGUCCUCGUCGGAAACAAAGUGGACAAGAGCAACGAGCGCCAAGUCAACCCAGCGGAUGUGCAAGCGUUUACACAGGCAAACAACAUCACUUACAUGGAGACGUCAGCCAAGACAGCCGUCAACACAUCUCGCGUGUUUGAGUACAUUGCGGAGGAGCUUGUGAAGAGGCGUGCGUCCAGCGACAGCGAUGACGACACGAGUGUGGACUUGGACCAGCCACAAUCGUCCGGUGGCUGCUGUUAGUAACGUCCACCUCUCCGCCCCCCCCUUUAUCUGUCGUUCCUCUUCCUGCGGCUGGUUUGUCAUGUGACAUGAUGUGUUCCGUCCCUCCGUGCAACAUCAACCACACCCGUGCUCCGCUGCACCACGUUAUUCAUCUUGCUGUCCUGCGUUUGCUUAGCUCGUCCCCUCAACCCCCAAACAACUUCCUCUACCUGCGCGCACACACACACUCUCUCCUUCCAUGUUCUGCUUCCGCAUUCCAUCAAAGCACAUAAACGAACCAAACACC